GAGGAAGUCGAAGAGAAGCCGCUUUCCCGGUCUGGCUGUAGUAACGUGAGAUGAUGGGAGAGGUGGAAGACACAGAGUUUGAUGAUGUUUUAGAUGACUGGUUUAUCGAGUCUCUGAAAACGUACAAAGAUCUUCAUGUGUAUCAGCUGGAACAUCCCACUCAAGUCAUCGAAUGGACGUCAGGGAAGACCGUAUGCGUUGCAGGCUUCAGUCCAUCGAAAAAUGAAAUUCUGGAGCUUCGUCUUCCGCUGAAACUUCUUGCUGAUGAAAACAAGGGUCUCUGCGCAGAACGGGAUUUUAAAGUUGCCAAUGGUGGCUUCACAGACGGUCCCGUUUGCUGCCUCAGACACAUUCCAGGAACAAGGUGUGUCGUGACCAACGAUGGGCUGAGCUCUGACCUGCAGGUGUGGGACCUUGGAGGAGAUGACAGCGAUGUGAUCAGGAGAACGGGAAGCAUCCAGGGGAAGAGGAGUGUUUCAGAGAGAGGCAGCAGGAUCGCAGCUCGACUUUCGACACCGCCGCAAAUCCUUCACGGAGCCUGGACCAGUGACGUCCAGCUGACUGAACUGACCUCAGGACACACUCUUUAUUCACUAGAGACUGACUCAGCAGAUCCUCUGACUUCCUUACAGUUUGUGAGUGACACGGUUUUCCUCGCCGGCUGCUGUAGUGGGAGCGUUUACGUGGCCGACACUCGGACGUCUGCUGCCCCUCAGCUUUCGCCUUCACCCACGUCAUCAGGCGAAGCUGUCCUCUGGUGGACAGAUGUUUCUACAGGCCCGCAUCCGUCCAGCUGCAGGGUCCUCAGACUCUCCUCUUCUGGACGGGCGGUGGUGUCGGACUUGAGGAACCUGGGAGGAGCCGUGUGUCAGGCUCAGCUGGACGUCCAAACACGUCUCUGCAACCUGGACCAUGUCAGAGUGUCCUGGGCUCCAGCCCUGGACGACUGCCUCUCAGUGUCGGGUUUCAGUGGAGUUGUCCAGAUCUUCAACACACGUUUCUGGAGGACAGAGCUACAGGACGCACAACCUCUGUUUCAGCACCGUGGCCAUGUGGUUUCAUCGCCAGAGACCGAUAACAGCGUCCCCAUCUAUGUCACCUCACACACCUGGCAUCCAGAGCGGCCGCAGACGCUGCUGUCUGCAGCUUCAGACGGCUCCGUCCAUGUCUGGGACUGGGUAGAUCCAAAUGGAUCAGGGACAAAGGAAAGAUUCAGUUCACCUGCAACAAGGGGGAAUAAAUAACCUCAUGAAAUUACAGUACUGCUCAUCAAACUCCAGAAAAAAAUGACUUACAAACUUGGAAUAUCUAUAUUUUUUUUACAAUGAAUCUGAAAUAUCACUAAAUAAAAUGGAAAAUAUUCGA